AAUAAUAUGUACUCCGCACCUUAUGCAGAACCUAUCUAUACAUUGCUCUUGGCCCACGCCCAACAUCACAUAUACGACUCUUCAAAGCACUGAAUCAAUCAUUGUGCUUGGUAUCUAGCCUUUAUCUUCUUUCCACGCCUCCAUUUUGAGACAUUCUUCGUCAGGGUACCAGCACUCUUUCUUAACCUCGGGAUCUUGCUUUUUAGCAUUGACCAGGGCUGUGUAAGACGAUGAAUCCGCGUACAUCUACAGAAACUAGCAGUGGCGACGCUCGAGCAUCCUUGGACGAACUGAUCAAGCAAGCGGCAGCAAAGGAUGCCAUUAGGGACUUCAACGCUGCCGCCGAGCUGUAUUCAGAGGCAACAGAAUUGCAGGCCAGACUCAACGGAGAACUAGCGCUUGGCAAUGCUGACUUGCUAUUCGCCUACGGAAAAGCCCUGUACAAUGUUGCUGUUAGCAAAAGCGAUGUUCUUGGAUCAAAAGUAGCCGGAGAGUCCCAGGCACAACCGAGCAAGACAUCUCUCGAGAGACCCUCCACCCCAUCAAGAUCAGCGAAUGACAAUGGUCAGAGUACGGGUUCCCAUGGACUAGCUACAGACGCAUCAGAAAAUCAGCAGAAAGACCCUACAGAUGUUUCAAACAAGCCAUAUUUCCAGUUCACGGGUGAUGAAAACUUCGACGACUCGGAUCUUGACGAUGAGGAUGACGAGGAAGUCACUCCCGAUGACGAUGACGACUUUGCCAAUGCUUUCGAAGUACUUGACUUGGCACGAAUACUGUAUCACAAAAGGUCAACUGCGCUUGAGGAGGAAGUCGAUAAAGAAAAAGAUGCGGAGCUGUCUUCUGACAUUAGACAUGUCAAAGAGCGUCUUGCCGACACAUAUGAUUUACAAGCUGAAAUUUCAUUGGAAGCUGAGAGAUUCUUGGAUGCGGUGACGGACUUGAGAGUUGCUCUUGAAUUAAGGCAGUCUCUGUUCCCCACAGAGGAUCCCUCUGUUGCUGAAUGCCACUACAAGCUUUCACUUGCCCUAGAAUUUGGCUCGGUCCAUAGUGAGAAUGACGAGUCCCAUGAUAACAAUGAUCACCGUGGGGAAGUUGGCAAGGAAAUGAGAAAAGAGGCUGCGUUGCAAAUGGAAAGAGCCAUAGAGAGCUGCCGGUUGAGGAUGGAUCAAGAGCAACAGAAGUUGGAUGAUGGUGGUUGUCUAAACGAAGACAAGUUCGCUGCAAUGAAAAGAAAGAUUAUCAAUGUCAGGGACAUAAUAGCAGAUAUGGAGCAAAGGCUUAUCGACCUCCGACGACCACCGGUAUCUACUCACGGUGCAGACGAUACUAUGUUGAAGGGUAUUCUGGGUCAGAUAGUAGGGCAAGCCCCGUCUGAUCAACAAGCUCGGCUUGAUGCAGUCACUAAAGGGGCAAAUGAUUUAUCUGCUUUUAUCAAGAGAAAGCCUGCAGCCAGCCAGUCAUCCCAGAAGAGCGAGCCCCUAGCAAAACGUUCGGCACAACAAGACGUGGAAGGAAAUGAUACAAAAAGGCCCCGAGUGAGUGACACAAGUGCUUCACCUUAAUAAUUUCAUGCAUAUAAACUACCAGUCCUUAACAAGUAUUUUUUUUGUUAUAAUGGUUUGUUUUGUUCGACAACCGUACUGUGCUGCAGACUACUAGGUAGUGGUAGACAACCCUUUACUUCUGGGUGCCGGUGUCGAUAUGGGUUGUCUCAGGUGAGCGGCGUGAAACUGCAGCCUCUGUAGUUUAUAUGGAGAAAUUCUCGCAAGUUCAUUCACGAAUUAUUGAACUGAGAGCUGCCGCUUCCUAGACCCUCGACCCCCUAUCUAUUUAUACCUAGCAGAAUCACGCAGUGAUUGGCGAGGGAAGAAAAGACUAAAGCUUUUAUAUUCGCACCAUCCAUCAACACACCCAGGAAUCUCAGAGCUUCACUCCAGUG